GAAAGAACGACGAGAGCGGACGCGCCAGCCGAGACGCGCCGGGCCCGCUGGAGAGGGACGUGCUCUGUUGGACAUACUUCAGUGAAGAUUUUGAAGAAAGAAAAGAAACAAGUGGCCUAAGAUGUAACACUCCGCAACAGCUGUAACUUAAAGUGGAACAAAUGUUACAAUAAAUAUUUCAGUUAAAUGCCAGCUACAUGUCAGUGGCCCUGUGUGAUUAAACAGAAAACGGAGACACUGGUGUGGGGCGGUAGGGGGGAACAAAAGGAACUUAGUCAUCUGACAGAAUCCUUUUUGCAAGAGUGGAAGGAAGAGCUUAGAGAUUGAGGGUGUAUGAGUGUGCCCAAGGCCACGGAGGCCGCAAAGGCAGAAACAGGAAUCUGGAAAUGAAUGAGGGACUGCCAGAUCCCCUCAUCCCAAAAAGUGGGCCAGGAGAGGAGGGCAUGGGGGGAGGAGCUCUGAAGACAGACGGGCUGGUGAGCAAAGCAAUGGCGGUAGGGGAAGACGCCUCUGGAGUCGUGGACGAUGCAGCAAAGCGGAACGCUGGGCGGUCUGUACACCUGGACGGCCAGGUGCCCCACGGAGACGCCGAGUGUCACACGCAGGAUGGGAGCGGAGGGGCAGAGGGUGCGGUCGGCGGCCCAGUGAAGGCCCCCGGAGACUGGCUGGAGCCCCUGGAGACUGACACGGCGGACAAGGACUGUGCCCAGUUUGCUGUAGACCCGCUAUCUCAGGGGUCAAAGGUCAACGGGAGUGGAAAGCCAAAGGGCAAGACCAAGCCCAAGAAGAGCCUGGGUAGAGAGACUGAGAAGAACGGUGGUGACAGAAUCAUCACUAAGACGCUCGGCAAUGACCAUCUGUCUAUGGUCAAGCGAAAGAGACAGCAGGUGGAGAAGAUGGAGAACUGGUUGGACUGGCCUGUUUUGGGAGAAGGCUGGAAGCGCAAGGAGGUCUACCGCCGCUCGGGGUUCAGACUGGGAAAGACGGACACCUACUACCUGAGUCCUGCAGGUGGCCGUGCCAGAAGUCGGAUCGAGCUGAUCAGACUCCUGGCUGGGACGGUUGACAUCACCAACUUUGACUUCAAGUCGGGAAGGUUCCUGGACGAUGACUCAGUCAAGGGGACGAAGAAGUCGACAUUUCAGCCUCCAAAGGCCGAGAAUGCAGCCUCCACAGAAGAUGGCACUACUUCAGAGCGGAGCGUUUCCUCCUGGAAACCUGGCACCCCAGAGCGAACUAAAACCCCCCAAAACCAGUCCGUCACCCCUCAGAGACCGUCCCUCACACCCCCUCAGGCCAGCGCAGCAACCCCCCCUUGCUCCCCGAACUCCUUCUCCUCCCCCCCUCGUCUGGUGAGGGCCUCCCCCCUCACUGUCAUCACGCCGCCCCGCCCGGUGAGUGGCGCCCCCCCUCUCCCGCUGGCAGAGUUCUCCCCUCAGAGACUGAGCAAGACGAGCAAGGCAGGCAAGGCCAGCGCAGCAACCCCCCCUCGCUCCCCGAACUCCUUCUCCUCCUCCCCUCGUCUGGUGAGGGCCUCCCCCCUCACUGUCAUCACGCCGCCCCACCCGGUGACCGGCGUCCCCCCUCUCCCGCUGGCAGAGUUCUCCUCUCAGAGGCUGAGCAAGACGAGCACCCCCAGCAGGGAGCCCCACUGUCCCCCAGCUAUUCUCUCCGAGCUGUCCCCGGCAUGGCUGGACUCCGCCCUCGCCCCCUUAAGCCCCACCUCCAGCCCUGAGAGAGACUCGGACGUUGACACGACCCCCGAGGGCCUAGGGGCCAUCACGUCCUCCCCCAAUCUCCAUCCGCCUGUAGAGAAGCCCUCUCUCAGCCCUGCGGCAGUGUCCCACCCCCUGGACCCCAGCUCCACCCCCAAGGCAAAGGCUCCGCCCCUGAACUAUGCAGGAGGAUCAGAAACAAUUGUCUAUGGCUGUUCCAACUGUGGAUGCUCUUAUCCAGGCAUGGUGUUCAGGAGACUCGACCAGACAACCUUAUGUCCCAAGUGCAAGCCUGAAAAGAAGAUGGAAGGUCACCGAAGUAUUGUCUUCAGAAAGUGGUUGCCCUGUGGGCAGUGCCGGGCGUGCCAGGUCACAGAGGACUGUGGCGUCUGCGCCAGUUGCCGGCACGGCCUCUUUAACCCCGCCUCCCUGAAGCCCGUCCGCUGCCGGAGACGCAAGUGCCUCUGCCCCAUCCGCAAGGUGGGCCAUGGACAGUGGGUGCUUGGAAGAGCGUCGGAGGAGAAGGAGGCUCCCAGAACUCCAUCGAAAAAAAUGAAUAAAAUAUCAAAGUUUGGAAGAAAGCUUAAAGUGACGAAAUUAAAGAGGCAAAUUGCUAAAGAUCUCAUGCCAUACGCCGAUCCUCAGUACAGCGAUCCCGAGGACUUCCUGCCGUACUAUGACGAUGACGACAUGGAGUGGGGCGAGCCUAAGAAGCGCAGCCGGCGUGCGUGCUGGAAAUGCGACGCCUGCUUGCGCACGACGGACUGCGGCAAAUGCGACUUCUGCAUGGACAAGCCCAAAUUCGGAGGCCGCAACAAGAAGAGACAGAAGUGCCGUCUGCGCCAGUGUAAGAGCCAUGCCAUGAGGCACCUGCUGCCCUUCCAGAUGGGCAGGUCUAAGAGCCGGCAGAGAUCUCCCCGGCACAGGUACACCUAUGGCAAGGUGAACCGGAGACCCAGGCCGUCCUGGGAAGACAUGGAGCUGACCGACGAUGAGGACGAGGAAGGCUACAUUGGCACACUGAGGCCAGGACUUUAUCACGUGGAAAACAAGGACGAGGAGGAGGACCAAGUGGAUAUUGACACAGAUUCCAGAGCCGAGAUGUCACAGGUGAACUCUGUCCUGAACUGUGACAGUAGCAAUGCCAGACUGGCCUCUGAGGAGCUCUACGUCAGAACGUACCCGUUCACUCUGCAGGACAGCUUCCAGACAGACAGCAGCAACCUAAAGAUCAUUAACAUGCCCGUUUUCCCUGUUAGCCUCCACAACGCCGGCCAGCUGCCUUCUCCUCCAGACACAGAAGCUCUGUACCACCAGGCGCAGCUGUCAGAGAGGUAUGGAGUCAUGCCCGAGCUGCUGAGCAAAGCUGGGAAGGAGGACGCCCCGCUGGUGCUGGGAGACGAUGUGGAGAUCGUGGAGGUGGACACCGGGGAGCCGGAGGAGCGGGACGUUACUCCUGUGAUCACUCAGAUUUUCAGCCUGGCGGACAGCAGCCCAGCAGGGGGCGACGCAGACCAGGACCUGAUGCGUCUCCUGGCAUCUCUGCGGCGGACGGUGCUGCCGGCGCACUGGGUGGGGCUGAUGGUGGAGGGCCCGCGGCUGCACCUGCUGCAGUGCUCCAAGCUGUCCACCAUGGCCGACACCGUGGUGCAGAUCGAGCCCGGCUUCUUCUACCAGAUCUGCGUGCAGGACCAGCCGCUGCUGCUCACCCACCCGCUGUACGAGGAGCACCCGCCGCGGCUGGCCGACGUGGAGCAGGUGGCCGCGCUGCUGCUGGACCUGGAGCAGCACAGCGUGUGCCAGGGCUACCCGCCCGCCGCGCCGCCGGCCAACCGCGAGCCCGUGCUGUACGUGCGGGCCGCCGCCUGCAGCCUGCUGGUGCCGCAGUCCCAGGAGCGCUGCGACAAGUGUGACAUCACGCAACUGGUGCUGUGAGGGGGCGGCGCCGGGGGAAACCGCACGUCAUCGUUGGACAUCGCGUUUAGCGUUUCCCCGCAGGCCUUUAGAGGGGAGUUUCCUUGCGCUUGUCAGAACCACCUGAGAGCAGGUGGUUCACUUCCACGUCCAAAUAAGGAGCUGUGAAAUCAAUGAGGCAGAGAUUUAAGUGCCCUGUGACCCCCCCCUCCCCCAGGGGGUCAGAAGCCGUCCGUGUCACCUCUCCUAAAUCCUCUCAUGGUGCUGUGUUGGUGCAGAUGGAACCGUGUUUAAAGUUGACCCAGGAUGAAAAUGGCUUCCGAGAUAGCUGACAGUUGACAGUGACGGACUGCUGCUGUUGUUUUUGUUUUUUAUUUGUGUUUUUUAUGAAGCCUCUCCCCUGAGAGAGGUGACCAGACCAACCUGACUACCUCACAGUGUGUGCGCAUUUGCCAUGCUGUUCCCGUUACUAGUCCUUCAGUGUUUGGUCAUGGCCUCCUGGUUCCAUUUCUCGGUCAUCGUGAUGGGGAGGAGUGGAGGUGUGCUGGUAACGGUGGGAACAGUUGGCACAUCACAGGGCCUUGGAAGAGCAGUAGCCUUGUACUCUACACUAAGUAGGAAAACAGGAGAACAACCUUGAACUUUCUCCAACUACUUAUUCCCUACUUUUUACCAAUGUUAAAAUAAAAAUAUGACCUAAUAGCACAUGCCAUAGAUACUUUUAUUAUUCCAGAGUAGUAUUGUCGUUGACCUCAUGCUUAAUUGCGUAGCUAGCUAGCUAAGUUCUUCGGUGCCGUGACUCAAAUCCGUUUAAAAUUGAUUGUUUUUAUGUCGAUCAAAAGAGUGUGGCGGCAUCGCUGCAAUUCCUAAUUUCAGUAGGCACUAGUUAAGAAUAGCAUUUGCUUACUUCCUUUAGAUAAGCUUGUUUUGUCUCCCUUUUCCCCCAAAAGGCACAGAGAGAGAGGGAGAGAGAGAGAAAAAUCCGCUCUCCUUUGAAGUGAACUGAUAUGCCGUGAAAUGUCACUGUCCACAUGUGGAACCAGUGUUGCAUGGCAAAGCGUUUUGCCUUUUCAAACUUGGCUUCCCAAUUCUUUGCUCCAAUUGGAAAGCUAGCUAGCUACAUUUUCCUCAGUGUUGAGCAUACAAGUGUUAAUCAUUACAGCACCUUCCUCAGCAGACAUUGCAAGCAUUGUCAACACACUUUUUUUUUGCUCGUUUAUGUUCACCCUGUGGGUACCAACAGGAUAACCUUUCCCAGAAUAAUUGA